UUCUUGAGCCUUGGCGGACUCCGUCGCUUCUUCCGGAGGAAGACAGGGCACCGCCCUCUCGCGGGGUGCCGCGGGGUUUCCUGGGAAAGAAGCCGAAACCGGUCACCUCUAAGGAGCCUAAGGGGUAGGGAUUUGGUUUAGAUAACCGUGCCGAAAUGUGGUUCGAAAUUCUUCCAGGACUCGGUAUAAUGGGCGCGUGCUUGCUUAUCCCGGGAGUGGCAACUGUGUACAUCCACAGGUUCACUAACGGGGGCAAGGAAAAAAGGGUUGCCCAUUUUCACUAUCAGUGGAGUUUGAUGGAAAGAGAUAGACGCAUAUCUGGAGUUAAUCGCUAUUAUAAAUCAAAGGGUUUAGAGAACAUUGAUUAAGGAAGCAUUUUCCUGAUUGAUGGAAAAAACUCAGUAUGGUCAUCUACCCCUGCUAGAAGGUUAUUUGAUAUAUUAUGAAGCAUGCAGUGUGUUAUGUAAUACAUAAUCAAAAUAAAAUGAAAACCCAAAUAAAAUGAAAAAGAAAAAUACAAA